AUGCCCGGAGCCCCGAGCACCACAUCCUCUUUCACCUCCACAUCACACACCCUAAGCGCUCUCCCCUCCAUGCCACAGUCCCUGUCGGCAUCGGCCGCAGACGGCAGCGGCAGCGGAAGCGACGGCGCUGCCGCCGCCGCCAUCACCGCCUUCUUGGAUUCGACGGCUCCUGAGAACCGGCACAUAUUCCUGCGUCCGACACCCCAGCUUCCGGCGGGGUCGCUGGCCCUUUUGAAGGCCGCGCUCGACCCGCUCGCAGCUCAGAUCGCGGAUCACCAGGCUGCUGGGAUCGCCCGUCUGCGCGAGAGUGGUGCUCUCUCGUCGAAGAAGCGAAAGAGGGAUGGGAGCGAGAAGGAGAACAAGCCUGCUGCUUUGAAGAUUAGGAAGGUGCAUGUGGAUGGGUUUGAGACCCAGCAGGUUUGGCAGCAGGCGAGGAAGAUUAUCACUAGUGCACUCGGGGAGGCGCAGGCAGUUUUGGAGGAGUUGAAGGUUAAUGGGGAGGUUGAGGAGGAAGAAGGGGAGGAUAAGGUUAUUGAGUUUGGGGAGGAUGGGUUUGAGGUUGGGUCUUCGGAUGAGGAGGAGAGCGAGGAGGAGGGCAAUGAAGAGGCUGAUACCGAGGAUUCGGAUGGCGAGGGGGCCAGCCUUGGCGAUGAGAACGCGAUGUUUGAUCUCGAGGCUGAGGAGGACUCAGGGAGUGAGGAAGAUAAGAGCGACGUGGGCGAGGAGGUUGAUGGUGAGGUUGAUGGCGAAAAGCACAGCGACCUCGAUGGCGAAGAGGAGGGUGAGGAGGGCGAGGAAGACGAGGAAGACGAGGAAGACGAUGACGAGAGCGCCGAAGACCUCGUCGAAGACCCCCAUGGUCUCAACGACGGCUUCUUCAGCAUAGACGAAUUCAACAAGCAGACCCAAAUGUGGGAAGACCAAGAUAUGCGCGCCGAGCCUACCGCUGAGCUGGACGAUGACUCCGAGGAUAUCGACUGGCACGCCGACCCCUUCGCCGUCAAGCCCAGCAAGAGGGGCAAAAAGGACGAUGGCGACAUGGACCUCGAUGACGAAGAGGACGAAUCUGACGAUGAAGCACCGCCGGUCGGCAAGAAGGCUCUGGAGAAGAUGCUGGACAAGGACGAGGAUGACGAGGGCGGCAACCUCGAGGAUGACCUCGCUGACGGUAUGGGUAUGGAUCUCACGGCCAACGACAUCUACUACAAGGACUUCUUUGCGCCGCCCCGGAAAAAGAAGAAGCCUGGCAGUAGCAAGAAGAAGCGCGAGCUUGAGCUGGAGACCAAGAGGCCAGACGACGCCGACGUUGAGCGCGCCGAGCAAGACGUCCGUCGCGACUUGUUCGAUGAUCUCUCUGAACAUGAAGACUCGGAGGACGCUCUUUCAGAUGCUUCGGCGGGCGAUCCUAAGUCUCGGAAGUCAGCCCAUGAGCGUCGGCAGGCCAAGAUCGCCGAGCAGAUCCGCAAGCUGGAGGCCGAGCUGGUCGCCAAGCGUGCUUGGACAUUGGCUGGUGAGGCUACGGCUGCUGACCGUCCUGUCAACUCGCUGCUGGGGGAGGAUAUGGAAUUCGACCAUGUCGGAAAGCCAGUGCCUGUGGUGACUGAGGAGGUGUCCGAGUCGAUCGAGGAGCUCAUCAAGCGCCGCAUUCUUGCCGGCGAGUUCGACGAGGUGCUCCGGCGGCGUCCCGACAUGUUCGGCAACCCGCACGGCGUACGCCGCGGCCUGGUCGAUGUGGAGGACACCAAAGCCAAGCAGAGCCUGGCCGAGAUCUACGAGGAGGAGGCCGUCAAGAAGGCUAACCCCGAUGCCUACGUCAGCGCCGCGGACGAGAAGCUCCGCCGCGACGAGGAAGAGAUCAAGCGCAUGUGGAAGGAGAUCUCAGCCAAGCUCGACGCCCUCAGCAGCUGGCACUACAAGCCGAAGCCGCCGGCGCCGACGCUCACUGUCGUGUCCGACGUGGCCACCGUUGCCAUGGAAGAUGCUCAGCCGGCUACGGCCCAAGGCGUUGCUGGCGGCGAGACCAGCAUGAUCGCUCCUCAGGAGGUCUACGCGCCGAGCAAGGACACUGCCGAGAAGGGCGAGGUGGUCACGAAGGCCGGUAUUCCCAUCGCCAAGCAGGAGAUGUCACGCGAGGAGAAGCUGCGCCGGCGGCGCCGCGAGAAGGAACGCAUCCGCAAGGCUGGCGGGCUCGAUGGCGGCAAGCCGGUCAGCGAAAAGGAGAAGGAGAAGAAGGAGACGGUGGCGCAGCUCAAGAAGAGCGGCGUCAAGGUUAUCAAUCGCAAGGGCGAGGUUGUUGGGCUCGAUGGGAAGAAGGUUGGCGAGAAGAAGGUGCAGAGCAGCGGGGCGUACAAGCUGUGA